AUGGCAAGAUCUCAAGAUCAAGCGCCCCCGUGGGGUCACAAAUGGAGGUCAUCCGAGUUCUUCAUAAUCGCCGCAACUGCAACCGCAUUACUGACUGAUAUGUUCCUGCAUCAGUUUCUUGUCUCAAUCUUGCCUUUCGUUCUGGAGAAUCGCCUUGGCCUCGGUCCUGAACUUAUCCAGCGCGUGAGUGAAAUGUUGCUGGCGGAAACUGCUUUGGUAUCAUUCAUCGUCACCCCCGUGAUUGGUCGCUAUACUGAUCACUUGGGUGCGCGAACUUGGCUUCUGCUUGGGCUGUUUGGGGAGUUGGGUGGCUCUAUGAUCAUUGCCUCGGCUCAUUCAUUGUUGACGCUCUUCGCUGGACGCUUCGUUCAGGCAGUGGCCAAUACGAUCGUCGGUGUUCUCGGGAUAACCCACCUGACGAAUAAUACCUCGUCAAAGGGAACAGAGAAGAUAUACGGAGUUCUUACCGUCUCCUUGGCUGCAGGAUCAUGUGGGGGGCCAUUGAUGGCCGGGGCGAUGUUUGAGCUCACCGGAUAUUGGACUGCGUGGAUGAGUGCAUUCGGUGCAAGUGUGGUUGGUUUGGUGCUGCAGAGUCUGAUGCUGGUGCCACCGCAAGAUACAGAGAACGAGGUCAAGUCCGUUAUAGCACAGGCAAAUGUUGCAGAAGAUAUAACCGAAGCAAGCCCAUUGCUGGUGCCUUCAUCGGUUUCCGAUCUCUCCAAAAUGUCUGACCAGUUGAGAUCAACGGUCAAAACAAUCCAAAAUCUCGACUUGCAGUUCUAUAUCUACCUGCUCACGAAUCGCCGCUAUAUUGGUGGUAUCCUCAGCUCUAUUUGUUACGCGAUCGUAUCCGUCAGCUUCGACACGACGCUUCCGAUCCAUGUUGGUGAAGUAUUCCAGUGGGGCAGCUUGCAAACUGGAAUCCUCUUUGCUAUAUUGCAAGGACCGAAUGCCUUCUUCAGUGUUCCUGUGAAAUGGUUGAAGGACCGAGUGGGAUCGCGGUACCCUACUUCCGUUGGAUUUUUAGGCCUUGCAGGCCUUCUGUGGCUGGCAGGAACUCCUGGCGACGAUCGAUUCCCGUGGGCCAAUCUCGGGUAUCGGGGUCCGGUCAUCUAUGGGGCUGCCAUCGCUGCUAUGGGAAUCUUCAUGACUUUGUUGAACGGUACUGGAAUGAUGGAGGCUGCGAACGCGGUUCGGGAUAUUGAAACCCAGCAGCCCGGAAGGUUUGGUGAAGAAGCAUAUUCCCAGGCUAUGUUGAUCAGUCGUCUCAGCUGGACAUUUGGCUUAUUUCUGGGGCCUAUUGUGUCAGGGCAGCUCACGGAGAAAGUCGGAUAUCAUGACAUGACAGGUAUCCUAGCCACAAUGUGUCUGUUCUGUGCAGUCUUUGCUACUUGGACUCUCAAGUCGUCGCCCUUGCACUGA